UGGGCCCAUGAGCCAUGGCCGCUGAGCCUGCGCGUCCGGAGCCUGUGCUCCGCAACGGGAGAGGCCACAGCAGUGAGAGGCCCGCGUACCGCAAAAAAACAAACAAACAAAAAAGGGUAAACAAAAUCAUCAAAACAGUAGUUAGGUUGGUUUUAAUACAUCACAGAGAAGGAGGAGUCAUUCCAAUUGUGUGCUUAUGACAUAUCAGCAUACUCUUACCCUGGGUCAAUAGAUAUGAUAACCACAGUUUGCUCAUGGUUGCUGAACUGAUAAAUUAUGGUGUGGGAUGUGAAAUUGAACCAAUUCAAUUAGGAAGGCUCAGAAUGAAGUUUGAGGCAAGUUAGGAUUGACAGAUGAGAACAAAUGAAUAAUAAACUAUUUUACAGACUAUUAUAGGUUCGCUUUUACAUUUUUAAUAUCUUCAGUAUUGGUAAAGAUGUUCUUGCAUGUGGGACUUUUUCUUUUGAGGGGUAAAAAAGGGCAAUUUAUCUUCUUUGAUCACAUGAUCAAUUUCAUUGAGCUGCUUUAUUUUCACUCAGAAAGGGGAUAGGAACUAAUAUCCAUAAUGUGUUACUGUUUAGACCUAAGUACGCUAAAGGGAAAUUUGUCAGUUCUGAUAGUGUUUGGAAUGGAGUAUGACAUUCAUCUCUGAUUCUGCACCUACUGUAUUUUCUCAUAGGUUUUAUUUUUUCAUUUCAAGUUUGCUGUCCCAUUGCUCAUGCUGAACAACAGACUUACAGAAUCAUAUCUAAUAUAUUAUUGAAGGAAAGUAUAUGUGACACUGCAACCUUUUGACUCUCAUAUUGUUUUCAAAUGUUAUUUACUAAGUUUUCCAUGAAAUGAUUUUUAAGGAGAAUCAAAGGGAUUCUCUGGCAUAAAAAGGAUUGAUAAAUCAUAUUUGGGAAUGAUGUUAUAAUGAUUUCCAUUAUAACAAAUGGAAAACAAAACAAAUGGAAAACAAAAGAACAUGUGUCUUCAAACUCAUCUACUUCCUACUCAUCUAUUUCCUACUUCCUCAUUUGGAGGUUCUUGUCAAAUACACUAGUUGAAAUCCAGGCAGGGCGAAUUGAUAUUGUAAGUCUUAAAAGUACAAGAAGCUCAUGUUUUGUAUUGAUACAAGCUCUUGUAUUUAUAUUUAGUCUUCAGUGAGUGAGCUUGUACAUCUUGCUCAGUUUUUGUCUCUGUCCUCAUUCCCCAAUGCCAGGCCGCCAUUCUGUCUCCUUAUAAUAUAACAAAAUGACCAAUCAGUGUUAGGACACUUUGAGUGAAAGAGAUGCUCAGAGACUCAUUUAAGCAGCAAAUUGUCACAGAGAUGUGGUUUAGUUUUGGCUAUUGUUUACUUUAUUUUGGUGGAAUAAUCAGCAAGAAAAGAAGAGAGGAGUGAAAUAGAUGCAAGAGAGGAAUAUUGUGGACUUUAAGAAGGCAUUGUUGGUUGAUAACACUUUCUUGAAAAACGAGCCCCAAAGUGUACCCCCAUAGUGGCGAUUUAUUUUGUUUUGUUCUCUUAAUUGAUAUCGGAUAGUCAGAAUCAGUAUGGGAAUAAAAGGGAAUCACUUGAGUCAUCUGCCCGAGUAGGGAGACUCCAUAUAAGUGAAGUCUCUGAGUCUAGAUACUCUAUACAAAGGAAGCACUAUGUUUUAUUUCAGAAUUUCUUGAAUUUACUCUUGACAAGAAUGCCCCCAAGCCUGUAAAUUAUUAUCAUUGUUGUUACCAAGUGGCAUAGAUGAGAGACUGAACUUAGUAAAUAAUCAUUUAAAUUAUAUAUUCAAUCAACAGCAAGGGCAGAUCUAUUAAAAGUGUUUUCUGGGGCUUCCCUGGUGGCACAGUGUUGAGAAUCUGCCUGCCAAUGCAGGGGACACGGGUUUGAGCCCUGGUCUGGGAAGAUCCCACAUGCCGCGGAGCAACUAGGCCCGUGAGCCACAAUUACUGAGCCUGAGCGUCUGGAGCCUGUGCUCCGCAACAAGAGAGGCCGCGAUAGUGCGAGGCCCGUGCACCGCAAUGAAGAGUGGCCCCCACUUGCCGCAACUAGAGAAAGCCCUCGCACAGAAACAAAGACCCAACACGGCCAUAAAUAAAAUAAAUAAAUAAAAUUAAAAAAAAAAAGAAUGAUCCAUGCUUUAAAAAAAAAAAAAAAGUGUUUUCUGACCUGAAAAAAUAUUAUAUUUUCACAUCAUUGUUUGCAUUGCCUUCAAAGGAUGAUUACAGCAUUUGUUCAGGGUAUAGUUUUUAUGGGUCAACAGCCCAAAGUCUUAAAUCUUGUGCCUGGGUAGAUGCUGUGUUGUACAGUAGUAAUUCUGUAAAUUAUUUACAAUAAAGGGGAAAACACUGGAGAAAAGAUGUAUCUGUGUACUGCUCCCAGUUUUACAACAAGGGAAUACUGUUAAAGUUCCAAAGUAGCUUCAGUAGUUCAGUAGUUGAGCUAUUCCAUCCCCCUCCCCCCUCUCCAACAUCCUGUUUCAUCACAAAUAUUUAUCAUUAUAUUCAUUGGUUCUCCACCCGCCUUGUGGGCUGUUGUGCUUGCUGUCACCCGGCCAAGAGGCUGGGGAAUGCCUAUCCACAAACAGCAUGGGGUGUCUGGCUAGGGUGCUCACCAGGUCCUGUAACUGGCUAACACUGAAUUGUCGUCACUGUUGUGCCAUUGAAAUCCAUGUAGAGUCAGCCUAUUUAAAUAAUUACCAGAAUCACCAAUAGCAGGCAUGUUGCUGCUAGUCAUAGUGAAAAUAUACAUACUAUUUGUGGUGAGAAAAAAACUGAAGUCUACAGCAUUUGGAGAUGUCAUUCUGAUGUGUUAUGGAAGCAUUAAAAUUAAAGAAAAAGAAAAAUGACUAUUUCAACAAAAUUACUGCCUAAAAACACUAGUCUGUUUGACUGCUUGGUUAACAGUUUAAAAGACUUGUCUGGUUUUCCUGAAAAGUCCAUUUAGUAUUAACUGGCUACUCACUUUUAAAAUAUUAAAUGUAAACUAACACAAAAUACAAUACGAUAGACAAUAACAUACAUAGCAUACCGCGGCAUACCCUGCUUGUUUCAGAAGGGAUGGAUUUUUUUGAAGAGUAUUGGCCAGGAAUUUUGUAGACUGGAGUUAUGGGUUUUGGGGAAGAAGACCAGAGAAGGUGCCCUUCUCAUUGCAUUAUAUUAUGGGAUGUGUCCUGUCAACAUAACUGAUCACUGUGAUAUUAACCUUGAUCACUUGGUUAAGGUAGAGUCUGCUAGGGUUUCCACUGUAAAGUUACUACUUUUCUCUUUCCAUGUUCUGUUCAUUGGAAGUCAGCCCACACUUAAAGGGAGAAUAAUUAAGCUUUACCCCUUGUAGGGAGGGAGUAUCUACAUGAUUUAUUUAUUUUGGUAUGGACUCAUAAAUAUUUAUUCUUUUAUUCUUUCGGUUAUCAUCCAGUGCUAAUCACUCUUUAUUUUGUUGCUCAUAAGCUUAUUUUAAACUUUUUAAAUUGUAUUUUGCUUAGCCAUCUGGUAUUCUGUGUAGCUUGGUGCCUCACGCAUCACCCGUCUUUUUGGCCUGUCCCACCUCCACGUGUUUAUGUUCUUUCUUCAAACCAAGAGAUUUGGUUUUGCAGCUUUGGUUAGCACUUAAGGUCAUUUUCAUAGUCAAGUCUUAAUGUAUGCACUGUGGGAGGAGAAGUCAUAACACAAAACUUCUUGUCAGCAGAUUGGCGAACUUACCUGAGAAACUGAGACUCAAGAUUGUGAGAAUGUGUGACUAGGACCGAAAGCAGAUUUCCAGUGUGGUGAGGCAGGCAACAAAAACAAGUUGAAGGCAAGGAGGAGUAGACUCAACUGCUUUCAUCAGCUUAUAAAAUUGUUUUAGGUGGAGUCUUUGAAUUUUUUAAAAGACGAUGGUAAUCAGAUCUACUUGAAAAAUUAAGUGAAUUGAUUUGCUUGGAACACUCUUUUACCAGUUCUUUAACAUUUAACCACUGGAUUCCCAGAAGUUGUGCAUGAGUUCCUGUGGAGAGAGUUGGCAUCGUGGAUAGCAAAGACGGUUAUGAUGCAGUUUUUUGAUACGAGGAUAACAGGAAGCGUCAAGACAAUCAUGCCCAUGAGAACUCUAAACCAUUCAGACCAUUUUAUCUUAGUGAAACUGGCAACUGAACUUUGCUCUAGUUGAUGGGCAAAAUUUCUCCUAGAAUAUUCAUCACCCCAAGUUCACCCUAGUUGAAAAUAUUCAAAUGCCGUAAGAGAUCUUUAUAGAUUUGCACUUAGCUUUUGGAUGGACAUUUCUACAAUGGAGAGAACUGUGUUAUAGCCCUGGUCCAAGGACAUUACCAUCUAAUGCCCAUAGACUACGGUGUGGGUGUGGAAGGUUCCAAAGAGAAGGAACACUCAGCAAGUUUGCAGACACCCUGGAACAUGGAAGCAAGCAAGCUUUGAAAGGCGCAGCUUUGAAGACACUCCAUGAGUCUGCACGGCUUUCAAGCGAACUAGCACUUGAGACCUUGUGUAACAAAAUGGACACUGGGGACACAGCUCUAGGACAAAAAGCUACCUCAAGGUCUGGAGAAACUGAUAAAGCAUCAGGUAGAUGGAGACAGGAACAAUCAGCUGUUAUUAAGAUGAGCACUUUUGGCAGUCAAGAAGGACAGCAGCAACCACAAAUAGAUCCUGAGCAUAUCGGAAACACAGCAUCAGCACAACUCUUUGGUUCUGGGAAACUGGCCUCACCUGGCGAAGUGGCACAGCAAGUCACAGAGAAGCAAUACCCACCGCACCGUCUGAGUCCUUAUUCAUGCCAACAUUCCCUCUCUUUUCCUCAGCACUCAUUGCCACAGGGGGUCAUGCACAGCAACAAGCCACAUCAGAGCCUUGAAGGCCCUCCGUGGCUUUUCCCUGGCCCUUUGCCAUCUGUUGCCUCCGAGGACUUAUUUUCCUUUCCUAUACACGGCCACAGUGGUGGUUAUCCUAGAAAAAAGAUUUCAAGUCUGAACCCUGCUUAUAGCCAAUACUCCCAGAAAAGUAUCGAACAGUCGGAAGAUGCUCACAAAAAAGAGCACAAACCCAAAAAGCCCGGCAAGUACAUUUGCCCUUACUGCAGCAGGGCAUGUGCCAAACCCAGCGUAUUGAAAAAACACAUCAGGUCCCAUACUGGUGAGCGGCCAUAUCCAUGUAUACCUUGUGGUUUCUCUUUCAAGACAAAGAGCAAUUUGUACAAGCACAGGAAGUCACAUGCCCAUGCAAUUAAGGCAGGAUUAGUCCCUUUCACAGAGUCAGCUGUAUCUAAAUUGGACCUAGAGGCCGGUUUUAUUGACGUAGAAGCAGAAAUACAUUCAGACGGUGAACAGAGUACAGACACAGAUGAGGAGAGUUCUUUGUUUGUGGAGGCUUCUGACAAAAUGAGUCCCGGCCCACCCAUGCCGCUGGAUAUCGCCAGCAGAGGUGUCUAUCAUGGGUCACUGGAAGAAUCACUGGGAGGUCCGAUGAAGGUGCCGAUUUUGAUUAUCCCCAAAAGCGGGAUUCCUUUACCUAAUGAAAGCUCUCAGUAUAUUGGCACUGAUAUGCUACCAAAUCCGUCUUUAAAUACUAAGGCUGAUGACUCUCACACAGUUAAACAGAAACUUGCACUAAGACUGUCAGAGAAAAAAGGACAAGAUUCUGAGCCAUCUCUAAACCUUCUGAGCCCGCACAGUAAAGGAAGCACUGACUCUGGUUACUUUUCCCGCUCAGAAAGUGCAGAGCAGCAGAUAAGCCCUCCAAACACAAAUGCAAAGUCUUAUGAAGAAAUCAUCUUUGGAAAAUACUGUCGGCUUAGUCCGAGAAAUACACUCAGUGUUACAACCACAAGUCAGGAGCGCGCCACGAUGGGUAGGAAGGGCACCAUGGACUCAUUACCUCACGUUAACACCAGGUUAGAUGUCAAGAUGUUUGAAGAUCCUGUUUCACAGCUGAUCCCAAGCAAGGGAGAGAUCGACCCCAGUCAGACAAGCAUGCUGAAAUCCACUAAAUUCAACAGCGAGUCAAGACAGUCCCAGACUAUUCCAUCAUCUAUCAGGAAUGAAGGAAAACUUUAUCCGGCCAGUUUCCAAGGCAGCAGCCCAGUUCUCCUAGAAGCUCCUGUUGACUCUUCACCCCUUAUUAGAAGCAACUCAAUGCCAACUUCUUCAGCAACGAAUUUAAGUCUUCCUCCUUCUUUGAGAGGAAGUCACUCAUUUGAUGAACGGAUGACUGGUUCUGAUGAUGUGUUCUAUCCAGGGACUGUAGGAAUACCCCCUCAGCGCAUGUUAAGAAGACAAGCGGCUUUUGAGCUGCCUUCGGUACAGGAGGGGCACGUGGAAGCAGAACACCAUGGCAGGAUGUCAAAGAGCAUCACGGGUCCAUCCUUGAAGGAAAAGAAAUUGAUUCCUGGGGACAGGGUUGGGUAUGACUAUGAUGUCUGUCGGAAACCCUAUAAGAAGUGGGAGGAUUCUGAGACACCGAAGCAGAGCUACAGGGAUGUUUCCUGCAUCAGCCCCUUGAAACACGGCGGAGAGUAUUUCAUGGAUCCCUCGGUGCCAUUGCAGGGAGUGCCAACCAUGUUUGGAACUACUUGUGAAAAUCGAAAACGCCGGAAAGAGAAGAGUGUAGGGGACGAGGAGGACACCCCGAUGAUCUGCAGUAGCGUCGUCAGCACGCCCCUGGGCAUCGCGACUUCAGAUUUCGAGCCCAAAUUGCAGAUGCAGGAAGGAGCCAGGAGUGGAUUCGGCCUGGCUGGACAGGAAAACCCUUCUCAUGGUCACUCGGAGCGCUUUGACCCGAGUCGACCCCCACUGCAAUCUGGAAGUCCAUCGCUUGGGUCAGAGGAGUCACCCGCAGCUGCUGAUUCAGACAAGCCGUCAGACGGAGGGGGCAGGAAGCCUCCCGGCAAUGUGAUCUCUGUGAUUCAGCACACGAACUCGCUGAGCCGCCCCAAUUCAUUUGAGAGGUCCGAGUCCGCUGAACUCGCCGCUAGCGCCCAGGAGAAAGCCUCGUCACCUUCCGAGACCUGUGACAGUGAGAUCUCAGAAGCCCCGGUGAGCCCAGAGUGGGCUCCGCCCGGGGAGACCACGGAAGGCGGGGGGAAGCCAUCCCCUUCGCAGCAGGUCGCGCAGCCGCCCUACCACGCGCAGCCCCGCCUCGUGCGUCAGCACAACAUCCAGGUCCCCGAGAUCCGCGUGACCGAGGAGCCUGACAAGCCAGAGAAGGAGAAGGAGGCCCAGAGUAAAGAGGCAGAAAAGCCGGUGGAGGAAUUUCAGUGGCCCCAGAGAAGUGAGACCCUCUCCCAGCUCCCGGCCGAGAAGCUGCCGCCCAAAAAGAAGCGUUUGCGGCUCGCGGACAUGGAGCACUCCUCCGGGGAAUCCAGCUUUGAAUCCACAGGCACCGGCCUCUCCCGCAGCCCCAGUCAGGAAAGUAACUUGUCGCACAGCUCCAGUUUCUCCAUGUCUUUCGAAAGAGAAGAAACCAUGAAGCUUGCGGCACCUCCCAAGCCGGAUGAGUUUGGGAAGCACUCAGAGUUUUUGACGGUCCCUGCUGGUUCGUACUCGUUGUCCGUCCCCGGCCACCACCACCAAAAGGAGAUGCGACGCUGCUCGUCCGAGCAGAUGCCUUGUCCCCACCCAACGGAAGUCCCAGAAAUUCGGAGCAAAUCAUUCGAUUAUGGGAAUCUGUCCCAUGCUCCGGUGGCAGGGGCGUCGGCAUCCGCGUUGUCCCCAUCCCGGGAGAGAAAGAAGUGCUUUCUGGUGCGGCAGGCUUCCUUCAGUGGCUCUCCCGAGAUCGCCCAGGGGGAGGCCGCCGCGGAUCUGAGCGUAAAGCAGGAACAGCUAGAACAUCUGCACGGCAGCCUCAGGGCCACGUGGCACCACGCCCCGUGCUCUGUGCUUCCUGCCCUUCAGGCAGAGGACCCAGGGAAGCAGGUGGUGGGUCCUUGUGCCCAGCUGAGCUCAGGACCACUCCACCUGGCCCAGCAACAGAUCAUGCACCUGGAUAGUCAGGAGUCUCUGAGAAGUCCCUUCAUACAGCCGACAUCCUGUAUUCCAAGCAAGCACUUGACUGAACAGCCACAUUUAUUUCCACAUCAAGAGACUCUUCCGUUCUCUCCAAUCCAGAACACCUUGCUUCAGUUCCAAUAUCCUGCCGUCUGUAUGGUUCAUUUCCCAACUCAGCAGCCCCCCUGGUGGCAGGCACACUUCCCCCAUCCCCUGGCUCCGCACGCUCCAAAGAGCUAUGGAAAGCCUUCUUUCCAGGCAGAAGUUCACCCCAGCUACCCCUUGGAGCCCGUGGCGGAGCACACUGGAAAGAAAUCUGCUGAUUAUGCGCACACGAAAGAGCAAACCUACCCGGGUUAUUCAGGAACAUCAGGGCUACACUCCAAGAACCUUCUUCCAAAGUUUCCGUCAGGGGAGAGCACCAAGUCAACAGAUACUCCCUCCGAGCAGGUUCUUCAAGAAGAGUUCACCUCAGCAAACGCUGGGCCUUUACAGUCCUUACCAGGAACAGUGGUUCCUGUUAGGAUCCAGACCCACGUACCGUCCUAUGGGAGUGUCAUGUACACAAGCAUUUCUCAGAUGCUUGGGCAGAACAGCCCUGCCAUUGUCAUAUGCAAAGUCGACGAGAAUGUGACCCAAAGAACACUGGUAACCAACCCGGCCAUGCAAGGGAUAGGAUUUAACAUUGCCCAGGUGUUGGGGCAGCACGCAGGCUUGGAAAAGUGCCCCAUCUGGAAAGUACCUCAGACCAUACCCCUUGGCUUGGAAUCCUCGAUCCCCUUAUGUUUACCUUCCACCUCUGACAGCGUCGCCACCCUGGGAGGCAGCAAGCGGAUGCUUUCUCCAGCCAGCAGCUUGGAACUCUUCAUGGAAACAAAGCAGCAGAAAAGGGUCAAGGAAGAAAAGAUGUAUGGACAGAUCGUGGAGGAGCUCAGCGCCGUGGAGCUGACCAACUCAGACAUCAAAAAGGAUCUCUCCCGCCCACAGAAGCCCCAGCUGGUUCGACAGGGCUGUGCUUCUGAGCCAAAGGAUGGCUUGCCAUCAGCGUCAUCGUCCUUCUCCUCGCUGUCCCCCUCCUCAUCUCAAGACCACCCGUCCGCCAGCGUGCCCUUGAGGGAGCCCUUCCCUCCAAGCUCCAGGGCACCCGCUCUGGGGCAGAAGUCCAGUGGGCCUUCUGAAAGCAAAGAGUCCUCAGAUGAGUUAGACAUUGAUGAGACGGCGUCUGAUAUGAGCAUGAGCCCGCAGACUUCCUCAUUGCCACCCGGGGACAGUCAGCUGGAAGAGCAAGGGAAGGGCCAGAAGCUGCCUGCCGGCGUGCUGGUCCCCAGAGCGUCCGACCCAAGCGGGAAAGUGGCAAAUUCGACUCUUCUUUUCACGGACGUGGUAGAUUUCCAGCAGAUUCUGCAGUUCCCCAGUCUGCGGACAACAACGACUGUUAGUUGGUGCUUCUUGAAUUAUACAAAACCCAAUUACGUGCAACAGGCCACCUUCAAAUCCUCGGUAUAUGCUUCAUGGUGCAUUAGUUCCUGUAACCCAAACCCAUCAGGAUUGAACACCAAGACCACGCUGGCUCUUCUGAGGUCCAAGCAAAAAAUCACCGCAGAAAUUUAUACCCUGGCCGCUAUGCACAGGCCUGGAGCCGGCAAGCUUACGUCAUCAAGUGCUUGGAAGCAGUUUGCUCAGAUGAAACCUGAUGCGACCUUUUUAUUUGGCAGCAAGCUAGAAAGGAAACUAAUGGGAAAUAUCUUAAAGGAAAGAGGGAAAGGAGAUAUUCAUGGAGAUAAGGAUAUUGGAUCCAAGCAAGCUGAGCCGAUUCGAAUUAAAAUCUUUGAAGGAGGGUAUAAGUCAAAUGAAGAUUAUGUAUAUGUCAGAGGACGUGGACGUGGAAAGUACAUUUGUGAAGAAUGUGGAAUUCGCUGUAAGAAACCGAGCAUGCUCAAAAAGCAUAUUCGCACUCAUACUGAUGUCCGGCCUUAUGUAUGCAAGUUGUGUAAUUUUGCCUUCAAAACAAAAGGAAACCUAACGAAGCAUAUGAAAUCUAAAGCACACAUGAAGAAAUGCCUGGAGUUGGGGGUCUCAAUGACAUCAGUGGAUGAUACCGAAACCGAGGAAGCAGAAACGAUGGAAGAUUUGCACAAAGCGGCUGAGAAGCAUAGCAUGUCCAGCAUUUCAACUGAUCAUCAGUUCUCAGAUGCUGAAGAAUCGGAUGGUGAGGAUGGAGAUGAUAAUGAUGAUGAUGAUGAAGAUGAUGAUGACUUUGAUGACCAAGGAGAUUUGACACCAAAAACAAGAUCAAGAAGCACCAGUCCCCAGCCUCCUAGAUUCUCCUCCUUACCUGUGAAUGUUGGCGCCGUGCCCCAUGGGGUUCCUUCUGAUAGCUCCCUGGGGCAUUCUUCAUUGAUCAGCUAUUUGGUUACUUUGCCAAGUAUUCAGGUUACUCAGCUUAUGACACCAAGUGACUCAUGUGAAGAUACUCCAAUGACAGAAUACCAGAGAUUAUUCCAGAGCAAAAGUACAGACUCGGAACCAGACAAAGACAGGUUAGACAUCCCUAGUUGUAUGGAUGAAGAAUGCAUGCUGUCUUCAGAGCCGAGUUCCUCCCCAAGGGACUUCUCACCCUCCAGCCACCAUUCCUCACCAGGAUAUGAUUCUUCACCCUGUCGAGAUAAUUCACCAAAGAGGUAUCUGAUACCCAAAGGAGAUUUGUCGCCCAGAAGACAUUUAUCACCUAGGAGAGAUGUAUCGCCCAUGAGACAUCUUUCACCAAGAAAGGAAGCUGCCUUGAGAAGAGAGAUAUCACAAGGAGAUGUUUCACCAAGAAGGCAUCUGUCCCCAAGGAGGCCAGUGUCACCUGGGAAAGAGAUCACGGCCAGAAGAGACCUCUCUCCCAGAAGAGAGAGAAGAUACAUGACCACUAUAAGAGCACCAUCUCCCAGAAGGGCUUUAUACCACAACCCACCGUUGUCCAUGGGACAGUAUUUGCAAGCAGAGCCAAUUGUAUUGGGGCCUCCUAAUUUAAGAAGAGGAUUACCUCAGGUUCCUUACUUCAGUCUCUAUGGAGACCAAGAAGGUGCUUAUGAACAUCCAGGCUCCAGCCUUUUCCCUGAGGGUCCUAAUGACUAUGUCUUCAGUCAUCUUCCACUCCACUCUCAGCAGCAAGUGCGAGCUCCUAUCCCCAUGGUGCCAGUUGGUGGGAUCCAAAUGGUUCACUCCAUGCCGCCGGCCCUUUCCGGUUUACACCCUCCACCCACAUUGCCUCUGCCAAUGGAGGGCUCUGAGGAGAAGAGAGGAGCUUCAGGGGACUCCUUCGCCAAGGAUCCCUAUGUGGUUCCUAAGCAGCACGAGAAGCGAUCUCCUCACGCUCUGCAGUCAUCUGGUCCACCUAGCACACCCUCCUCUCCUCGGCUACUGAUGAAACAGAGCACUUCAGAAGACAGCCUGAAUGCAACAGAGCGGGAACAGGAGGAAAACAUACAGACUUGCACAAAAGCCAUCGCCUCCCUCCGGAUUGCCACAGAAGAGGCCGCUCUGCUGGGGGCAGACCAGCCAGCUCGGGGGCAGGCGCCCCAUCAGAAACCCUUGGAAAGUGCACAUGUUAGCAUUAGACACUUUAGUGGACCUGAGCCAGGUCAGCCCUGUACCUCAGCUACCCACCCUGACUUGCAUGAUGGUGAAAAGGACAAUUUUGGUACAUCACAGACUGCAUUCGCUCACUCCACGUUUUACAGCAAGAGUUGUCUGGAUGACAAACAGUCGGGCUUUCAAGGCAGCAAAGAAUUACCCUCAAGCACAGAGGAAGGCAAGGAACCUUUGUCGGAAAAGAGUCAACUACAUUGAUCUAAGAUGCAUGGAGACUUUCAUUUCCACAUUUUCCCCUUUGUUUUUGUUUUUCUAGAAAUAGAGGUAAUCAAGUUUAUAGCAUGCCUGUCCUAAGUUACAGUAGUUUGCUAUUAUAUAUACUUUUGUUAUAUCAGAAGAAUUAGGUAAAUUAACAAGUCAUCAUGAGCCUGACCAAAACAAAAUUUGAAAUUAACCUAUUGGGUCUGGUACUUUUAAAAUUGUACAGAUGUUUGUGCCUUUUCUUUACUUUGCUUAUAUUCUUAUAAGCAUUUUUUAGCAGUAAUUUGUACAUAUUUUAGAAUUUGUGUAUCUGCUUUGUAAUAAAUGUAAUUUCUUUCCUUUUUUGGACACUUGGAUCUAAAUGAUGUAAAGCAAAACAGCAUCAAUAUAUAUGUGAGGUUGCACUAAAACAUAUUUUUAUAUGAUUAAAACUGAACAGCUUUUAUGUACAGCUCUGAUUCUGUAAUACUAAUAUUUAUUUACUUUGUUUCAUAAAUUGUACAUUUUUUCUUAAUGUUGUGGAUUGCUUUUCUAUGUGAAGCAUGGGAUUUACUGUUGCGUAACUAGAACAAAAAUGUAUAUUGUAAACAAGAUAUUUAAACUAGAGUAUCUUAUUCUGCACUUAUGCAUUAGUUUAAAAAAAAGAUAAAGGAUGUAUCAGUCAGUUCUUAACUCUUGUAAAUUUUUUUGUCUCUUGUUUGCUGGAUUGACUAUAACUUAAGUGCUGAUUGUGAUUUUAAACUGAUAGUACCGUAAAGCAUUAAAGUAAACAAUGUGCUAUUGUGAGUUUUUUCAAAGCUUUAUAAAUCAGUUAUAAAUAAUAUUAAAAGUAUUUGGUCUUAUGUGAACAUGUUGAUCUAUAUACUCAUCUAAAUAUAUGGGAAAACAUUCCACCCCAUGUAAAUAUGUACAAGUGCAUCACUGGUACAAUUUUAUGUAACUCAGUUGGACACUAGGUUGCCACAGACCUAUGCUAGGGUGUCUUUAAAAAUUAAAGUGACAAAGCACAUGGGACUGUGUUGAGCUUGGUUAUCGGCCGGCCCGGUGGCUUGGCAGGCAGUGCUGUGCGCUGCCCAUGGAGAAGACCUGGGCUUAGCAAUCUCCUUGGUUCUUGCUGCACGAGAUGGUGACUGGAACUAAGGCUACUACAGAGGGGUCGCGCUUGGACUGAGGGGUGGGUGUGGAAGUGGGGAAGGGCACGGAGACCUGGUCCCCAGCCCUUCCUGUCAGCCAGUCUGCACGGUAACAGGGUUGGCAUCAGCUCUAGGGGAAGCCACUUGACCCUACUGCAGAGGGGAAGAGUGUCACACUCCUGGCUAUCUCAGGGGGAACGGGAAAGGAGCUUUCCAGGGAAAAGAACUUGUGGGAGGAUAAUGUCUUUUGUAGAUAACAUUUAGAAUGGGUUUUUGUUAGCGUGGACAGUGGGCAGAGCCUUUGUAGGUUCAGAAGAAUGGAAGGAAGGGAAGGGGUACAACACAUGCACACACACACACACACACACACACACACACAAUCUGGGUUAUCUUUGUGCUAUAUAGUGGAUUAUAAUUCUGUGAAACCAAGUUUGUAUAUUGAAUUACAUUAAGGAGUGUUCUUUAAAAAGAGAAAUAAAUAUACGAUUACAUGCUU